UCCGGACUUUAGGGGGGUAUAAAGCCGUCUUAUUCGAGCUACUGUGGCGCGGCGGGGAUAGAGCUUGACGACGAUACUCUUUCGGCCAGUACUUCAGUUUCAGCUAUGCAUGUUUUGACUCUUGUCAUUUACAGGGUCGCCAUUGCGGCCGAUGAAGUCGCGUUGACCGAGGUAGACGAGGAGGGAAGGACAAGCAACUCCCAGAGUACAAAGAGUGGUGGUUGUGUUGGGGACAAAAUAAGAUCAAUCAGGGCCACAAUGAGGAGAGGCCAGCCGGGGCAAGGCAAUGGAGUACUGCCCGAAGCAAGGAGGACUACUUGCGCUUUCCUCUUGUUUGCAUCACGUCGCACGAUGCGUUCUUUCUAUAAAGUCUGUCUAGCGACACUCCCAUUGACCAUUCUGGUUGGUGCUCGCCGAUACUCGCCCUCGCGUUACAGCCGUACCACUGCCUACUCUGUUAAAGACUAUUAUCAGGGCGGUGAUUUCUUCGAUGACUGGGACUUUUAUACUGGCUCGGACCCCACUGGUGGGAAUGUCAUCUACCAAAGCAAAUCAGAUGCACAAUCUAAGGGACUUGCAUAUGUCAAUGGCGACUCUGACAAUGACAAUGACAACGACAACGAUAACGGUCAUACCGACAGCUACUCCUCUUCCUCGUCUUCCUCGUCCUCAAUUGUCCUGGCAAUUGAUUCAACCAGCACUGUUGCUGCCGGCGGCGAUCGUGACGCUGUUCGUAUCUCAUCUCAGACGAGCUACACUGGCGGUCUCUUUGUCUUGGAUGCGUCCCAAAUGCCUGUCGGUUGUUCUGUAUGGCCUAGUUUCUGGACCGUGGGGCCGAACUGGCCAUAUGGGGGUGAAAUUGACAUUGUCGAAGGUAUUAAUAAUCAGGCGCAAAAUCAGAUGACAGUUCAUAGUGGCACAAAUUACACCUGCACCAUCGAUACGAAUGAUUCCGAUGAAUAUACAGGUUCUGUCCUCGCGAGCAACUGCUACAGCACUGAGUCCUCGGAUGCGGGCUGCAGCAUCAAGGAUAGUAGCUCAACGUCUUUUGCGGAUGGCUUCAACAAUGCAGGGGGUGGUGUCUUUGCUCUUCUGUGGGACAAUUCCGUUGGCUUGUCAAUGUGGCACUUCGCUCGGUCUGACAUCCCUGCUGAUCUCACAUCCCAAGCACCUACACCUUCCAGUUGGGGUACUCCGUCUGGUUUUUGGUCUGCAAAAACCUGUGACAUAACAGACAACUUCUAUGAACACCAGAUGGUCAUCGACACUACUAUCUGUGGCAAUUGGGCAGGUGGUGCAUACUCACAAUCUGGAUGCUCAGGAACGUGCACGGAUAUGGUCGCCGAUGCUAGUAACUAUGUCGAUGCCAAGUGGAUCAUCAACUACGUUGCCGUCUACCAGUAAACACCUGGCUUCAAUCCUUUAUUUUCCCCCUGCUUUGCUACUCUAGAGCGUCAUCUGUCGGAAACGUCCUUCUUUUCUUUUCUUUGAUAGUAUCGUUCUCUGUUUGUACAUACACUUUUUUGUUUGGCAUUUGGAGGAAUUUGGAGAACUGCGGGCAUCUGUACCAUCAUCCUAAAUACAAUGGACCCUAUUGGUAGUAUUCACUAUUAUGUUAUGCUGUUUCCUGAGA